AUGGAGACAUCUUCUAACGGUCUGCUCACCCAAGUUACUCAGUUCUGGAACCUCCUAGAUGAUUUGGCUGAAAGUAACCCUGAGAGCUAUCAGAAGUUCAUUCAGCAACAGCUCAAAGAGGGAAAACAGCUCUGUGCUGCCCCAGAACCACAACUCUGUAUACAGACCAGGAUUCUGAAACCAAAAGAAAAAAUACUUUUUAUCAACCUAUGUCAGUGGAAAAGAAUCCCAGCUCCCCAGUCAGGCACUCAUCCAGUACCUCUAUGUGUUGGCAGACCAGAAGACAUGUCUGAGACAUCAGAUGUUUACACAGUUCUUGAUGUUGCCUACAAUCCUGACGUUCUCCAGGCAACAGAAAAAGACCAGGAGAAAAAAGGUCAAUUGAUACAGAUGACCAUGAAAUGUAUUGAAGAAAAACUCCAUUUCACUCUCUCACACUCUUACCAUAUUGCAAAAUUUAAAAUAAAAGGAAACAUUCAAAGAAUGAAACAAAAUCUGAUGGGAAUUCAAACUGACCCAACAUAUUUAAGCAAGAAAAUGAGAAAUGAACUAACCCUUGAUCAAAUAAAAAGCAGUACUAUGAACAAUUCAGAUCACCUUCCUCAACUUUUACUGCCGAAGGACCAAGUUCCAGGAAAAGCAAGGUGUCUGAUAGAAGAGAUUUCUAGUACAGAAAUCCAGGUGGAGAUAAAGAAACCAGACUAUGAAUUAAAACUUGUGGAAGAUCAGAAUGAGAAUCCACUGAAAAUUGAAUUAAAAGUCGAAUUACCUGGUGUUAAUUCAGUAUCUGUUUGUGAGCUUAGUGUUUCAGAGGAUGAUUUAUUGAUUGAGGUCUCUGAGAGGUACAGAUUACACCUGAAUCUUCCAAAAUCCGUGAAUACUGAAAUGACUACAGCAAAAUUUAUCAAGGAGAAAGCAACAUUAAUCGUCACAAUGCCGUUGGCAUAAGGGAAGAAGAACAUUGUGUUUUGGUUUUCAGUGCUUAAAACUUGAAUGAUAGGGCUUUCACUAUGGGGGAAAACUUGGUUUAUCUUAAACACUAAUUCCCUAUUUUCUAAGUGUGCCUUUUGAUGGAAUGAGAUUUUCUUAUCAUUUGUCAUGUUUUCUCUCUCUAAUUCAUUCUUUUACCUUCUCAAACUUGGUCAUGAGUAGAUACUACUAAAAACAGCAUUACCAUGACAUACUUGUUUUGAAGACAUUUGUAGAAACCCUAAAUGAUUUAAAUUCAAUUGAGAAAAUUCUGUUUCCAAAUAAUGUGAGAACUCUUGGUUU